AUGUGUGCAGCCGCAGUUUUGAGAGGCGCUCAUGUGUAUGCUCCUGGGGUACUCGGUUUACCUACCAAUUGCAGUCUCAAUGAAAGAGUUGAUAUUUAUGCUGACUUAGAUGGCCAGUGUAAAAGAGGUUUAAAAGUUGAGUAUAAUGGAAGAAAAAUAUAUGUUGGUACCGGCUACAUUAAAAUGUUACGUUAUCAGUUAUUUGAUGAUGGAGUUCAACCAAAUGGUAUAGCUAUAGAAACCAUACUCCCAGCAUCAAGACUUCCAGUGAUAAAUGAAUCUAUGUAUCCAAAAGGACAUUUAUUAUUGCAAAACCUGCCAUCCAUCAUUACAGGAUGGGUGGUCAAUGCACAGCCAAAUGAGUAUAUAUUAGACAUGUGCGCUUCACCAGGAAAUAAAACAACUCAUUUAGCUGAAAUGUCCAAUAACCAAGCUUACAUCACAGCAAUUGAUAAAACUGAUAAAAAAGUUAUAAAAAUCCGUCAAUCUUGUGAAACUCAGGGUGUUACCUGUGUUGAUACAUUUGUAUUUGAUUCAACAAAUUGUCAUUCCGAUGAAGGAAACAAUGAGAAAGGGCCCCCAUUCAAAUCAAAUACAUUUGACAAAGUGCUAUUGGAUGCUCCUUGCAGUGGUUUGGGACAAAGGCCUCUGUUAAACAAUAAAAUGACACCCAAAAUGCUUCAGUCUUAUAAGUUUGUGCAGAGAAAACUUUUUGAUUCUGCUGUAAAAGUAUUAAAAGUCGGGGGUAAACUUGUAUACAGUACAUGUACAGUUACUGUAGAAGAAAAUGAAGGUAUGUUGAGUUGGGUAUUGGAAAAAUAUCCUUUUGUGAAACUCAUUCCCGCAGAGCCACUGUAUGGCGGGCCGGGACUACCAAAUGUAGGUCUAAACAAUCAACAAAGAGUAAUGGUACAGCGAUUCGGUCCAGAUAAUGACCCACUCAGACCAGUAGAAGAUUUGUACAGGAAUACUAUAGGUUUCUUUAUAGCAGCAUUCACAAAAAUCAAUGAUCACUGUACAUAA